AUGCCCCAGCAGGGCACCCUGCCCUGGCACUCCGACAUGCAGCUGGCCAGCAAGCUGGUCCUCUCCGCCGCCGCUCUGCUGCUCCUGACUCUGGCAUACAGGUUCUAUAGGUCCCGCUCGCUCGGCGGGGACAGAACCCCACCGGUGGAGCCUCCCCCUGGGAUUGGCGAUGCCCAGCUGGGAAGCAAUGGAGGCACCCAAAGCACGGAGCAGGACUUGGCCAUCGGCAGUGCGAGGCAGGAAGCUGAGGGGUGCAGGGAGAGGAUCCAGACCCUCAGCAUCACCUCAGGCCUGGGGCUAACGAUGACGGCGAGCAAUGCAGGGUCAGAUGCCUCCUACUCCUUCUCCUCGGUGGCAAAGAUCCAGGUGGAGGAGAACUACAUCACGGAGCGGAGGGUGAAGGGUGGAACUGGGCAGCCAGUCCCUGGCCUCAAAGGCAAAGUCUAUGACUACUAUGUCCAGUCCAUCUCCCAGUCAGUGUCGAAGAAGAGGUCUUCCCUCUACAUCCCUCCAGGAACACCCCAGCAUCGCAGCUCAGAGAGGGACAAUAAAGAGGUGAAGAGCAGAUCUGCAACCCUGGAAUCAGACCCAGCUCCUGCAAUCCUGGAAUCAGAUCCAGCUCCUGUAACCCAGGAAUCAGACCCAGCUUCAGUAAAAGAGGAUUUCACCACCUCUUCCAUCAUUCCACCACCUGCAGGGAGCUUAGAGAUCUCCUCUGAGCCACAAUCUCCUGGCCGCAAGGUCAGCAUCCUCCAGACUGCCGACAGCCCCCUCCUCCAGCUGCCCAUGGAGGCUCUUGGGGUCACCACAGCAGCCACCACACCACCUGCCAGCCCCCAGGCAGGGCUGGUGCACAAUGCUGACUUCAUCCAGCUGUCGCCAUCCACUCACUUGAACCUGGGCAACUGCUACGAGGUCCUCUGCACAGCCAAGGCACAGAAGCUCAGCGACCUCCAGGAGGCUGCCUACAAGGUGAUGAGCGACAACUACCUGCAGGUGCUGAGGACACCUUCCAUCUAUGGGCGCCUCAACGCUGGCGAGAGGGAGCUCAUCCUGCGGCGCAGGAUGAAGGGCAAGACGUACGUGGCCGUGGCGGACGUCAACCCACAGGAGCCAGGCCCUCACGCCAGCCGCCUCUGCUACUACAAUGACGCAAAGGACUGCUGGCAUCCCCUCUGCCAGCUGCCACCGGAGGUGGUCUCCAGGGGGUGUGCCAUGUGCAGCAUGUUCAACUACCUCUUUGUGGUGGCUGGCUGCAAGGGCACGGGCCGGACGCAGAGACCCUCCAACCGCGUCUUCUGCUAUGACCCCUUGGCCAACGUCUGGAGGGAGAUCUGCCCCUUGAACCAAGCUCGGCCGCACUGCAAGCUGGUGGCACUGGACGGCCACCUCUACGCCAUCGGUGGGGAGUGCCUCUACACCGUGGAGCGCUACGACCCCCGGCUGGACCGCUGGACCUUCGCCGCACCCCUGCCUCACGACACCUUCGCCGUGGCCCACGCGGCCACGGUGUGCGACGGGGAGAUCUACGUGACGGGGGGCACCCUGCGCUACGUGCUGCUGCGCUACGCCGCCCGCUCCGACAGCUGGAGCGUCAGCCUGGCCAGCGGUGGCAAGGAGAGAACCGUCGAGAUGGUGAGCGCCAACGGCUUCAUCUACCGCUUCGACCUCCACCACAGCACCGGCGUCGGCGUCUACCGCUGCAGCGCCAAGGCCAAGCUCUGGUACGAGUGUGCCACCUACUCCGUGCCCAACCUGUCCAGCUUCCAGUGCGCUGUGGUGGGCAGCUUGGUCCACUGUGUUGGUCGGCACUUCCACAUCCGCUUCUUGGCUGAUCACAUCUCGCCACGCUUUGGGACCAAGGAGCUGCAGCCCUUCCCCUCGCCCCAUGGCAGCCUCCUGCCGGCCGUCCUGGUGCUGCCAGAGGGAGGGACAGCACAGACACAGGUUUGA